GGACUUUGGGCUUGUGACUACAACAGUCACCUGGCUUCGGUAUAUAUACACGGAAGCACUCUGACACUCUCGCAAACACGCUCCAGAGGUACACAAGCCACAACCAGCAAGACACAGUCAUGAAGACGUUUGUGGUACUAGCCAUUGCACUGCUGUCGGGCUGUCAAGCCAACCUCUUCUAUGCUGAUGCACCCAAGCCACAGAUAGAAGUGCUGACUGAUGCUUUCUGGGACUAUAUUGCCAAAGCCACCCAGACAGCUGAUGACACCCUGCAGAUGAUCAGGAAGUCUCAGUUUGGACAGGAAGUCAAUGCCCGUCUGGCAGAGAGUGCUGACCUCGCCAACAUGUACGCAAUCAGCCUCCAGGAGCAGCUUCCACAUGGAGCCCAGGAUGUGAUCACCAAAGUCACUGCAGAGGCCGAUGUGCUGAGAGAGCGUGUGACCAAGGAGCUGACCUCUGUCAAGCAGAGGCUGGAGCCCUACACCGAGGAAAUGAAGGCCCAGAUCCAGCAGAGAGUGGAGCUGCUCAAACAGGAGCUGGCCCCCUACGCUGACUCCCUGGACUCCGAGGCCCUGAGGAGCACCCUGCUGCAGAAGAGCGAGGAGCUGAAGACCAGCCUGGAGCAGAGUGUGCAGGACCUGCAGGCUCAGCUGGGGCCCUACACUGACGACCUGAAGCAGAAGGUGGACCAGCACCUGCAGGACUUCCAGGACAGUGUGGCCCCCAUGACCGAGAAGGUCCAGGUUGAGCUAAGUCAGAGAGCCAACUCGGUGAAACAAAUGGUGGCCCCCUAUGCUGAGGACCUGAGAGAAAAGCUGGACCCCUACGCACAGGACCUCCAAGCCCAGCUCAUGUCCUUCUAUCAGUCCUUUGUCAAUGCCAACUAACACAUCCUCCUUAAUCAACCUGCUCCAUCAUCCAGAAAGAUACCAGCCUUGUUUGGUCAUCCUCUGUUUGUAGUAUGUAAUAAUGUAAUUUAAAUAUCUGAAUUGUACUGUAAACCAAGUUAAACAUAAUAUUUAUUGCUGAGUGCAAUAUUUAUAAAGCACACACAUGUAUAUACUUAGUUUUUCCUGUGUGUUGAAGUUGAAAACUGUACAUUUCUGGAACUCCUGUAAGAUAAACGAGAAAAUAAAUAGAUUCAUCUGGACAAUA